UUUUAACAAAGAGAAUGUACAAAAACAUAUUUUUUCCGGUUAUUUCAAAGAUAUGUGACAUAUUUUAUGCAAAGUGUACUGUGUCUUCAUGGAGUUGAAUGUUUAUGGUGAUACAGCUACGAAUUCAUGUGACGUAAUCAUUUGUGACUUUGUUUAUGUUAUCACACCUGAGUGCUCACAACAGUUUCCGGAUGCUGAGACUGGAGAUAAAGUGACAAAGAACCUAAUUGUUAUUACCAUUCAAUUCGUUCUAAAGGUACUUAUGAAAUGAGAUCAUAUUCUGAAAGUGUCGGCUGGACUUGACUUGACAGCGUAACAUGUAAAGUUGUUACCCUGGGGCAACAUUCAAGCUGCAUGUUUGAUGUUCAGCAACAUUUCCUGCUCGCUAUUAGCACAGACAAAAGUGGUAACAUUUGGUUAAAGCGAAAAUACAUUUGAUGCACUCGUCAAACACAGUGCAACAUUGAUAUAAAGUAUGAAUGGAAAUAAGGAUAUAAUUGGAUUACUGCUGAUGUAGGAGCAAAGAAAGAACAUUGGAUUACACAAAGUCUUGUUCUGCCUUGUCUGACAUGAAUAACUUAAAAGGAAAUACAUUCGCUGCAGAGAAAGAAAAUGUAUGUGAACUAAGAAUCAUUAUUUUAUCAGCUUAGUUUCGAACGUUUGAUAAGCUAAAGUAUGCCAAGUGCGGCUUUAACAAGCACACAAUCAGCGCAGGUUGUGGCCUCUAAAAAUGUUCAGAAGUCGCAGGCUCCAUCCCCUCCAAGGGUGUCAGGACAGGGAUCUUCAGGGGAGACAAGUGCGGGGAGUAUGGGAAGCUUCCCUGAUGUUACUGCAGGGAUUGCGGAUAUUUACAACCCUGGUGUAAACGAUGGGACCACAUUGCCGGACAGUGACCAACAGUCUGUGAUACCGGAUUAUCCAAUGGAUUCUUUACCAAGGCAUUCAAAUACUAGUACUCAGUCUUUACCUAACUCUGGAACCCCUGGGGACCCAAGGUCAGGGUCUACUAAUCUAAGGUCAAUUCAGAAUGCCAAUCAAGGGUCAAGGCCACAUCAAAGACCGGUUGAACAUUCCAAUCAAGCAGUUGUGCCCCAUAUAGGUCUUUCAUCGAGUACUGGAAGCAUUCCAAAUCCUUCCGUUCCAGUCUCAUCAGCUGUGAUAUCACAUGUUCCAGCUCAGCUGCCAUCUCAUUCCAUCCAAGCCACACAACCAGAUGUGUCUCAUUCAAAUGUAAGCGUCAAUGUUAGCCAUUUAGGACCUGUAAGUGUAAGUGCUAGCGACGCAAGACAAAUUCGAACUCAGGACCUAAAUGUCGGUGUGGUAACUCGUUUAGACCAUCAUAGACAGUCUGGCCAAAUGUUGCCUGAUGUAGUUGCCCAUUCUCAGCCACCAAAUCGUCAAUCGUCUUCUCAAAGACCUCAGACAUUGCCAUUAGCAGAUCCACGUCAUUCGUCAAGUCGAGACCAAAGAAGGCCAGUUGAUCCGUAUUCCCGUCAUCGGCAUCGACGUGAUCACCGUCAUCGCUCCCACCAUCGCCAGUCAAAUAGACAUCCAAACACAGGAACGGAGGAACCUUGUAAAGAAUCAUGUCUCCAGUGCCUUGCAGUAGGCUUUUCGUUUCGAUGGAUACUUGUGGUGCUGUCGUUGCUAGGGGUUUGCUGCGUGGUAACAGGAAUUGUUCUGGCAGCUUUACAUGCAGCAGGGAAUUCCUUCCUCUUCCUGGCAAUUAUGUUUAUUGGUCUGGGCGUCCUGCUGGUGGUGGUAGUUGGGGUUGGCUGGAAAUGUACACCUCGAGGUCACGAGCCCCUUCAUGCACUGUUCAGUAUUGGGGAGUUCCGAAACCGGCGUAGCAGCAGGCGUCGCGGUGAGAGACGAAAUCGACGUUGGCAUGAAGGUUCCAUGCAUCGUGAGUUUCGGUAUCGACCCCCACCGCCCACAUACAAUGCCUCAAUGGUUGAGUAUCAGCAGCAACAGCAGCAGUUAGCAGCGCAACAGGCACAACAAUCUCCAGACAUUUAUGACCCGGAUAAUGACCCGGAUGAGGACUACAGUCUGCCCAGCUCUCCACCACCUUCUUACAGGUCUCGUGCUAGUACUGUACGAGCCGGUAUUCAGAUAACCUUUCCUCCGAACCAAGGUGGAGACUAUCCCGAUUCUAGGCCUCCCACAUAUCGAUCUCAUCAAGGUCGACACACACGACCUUCACUUUCGCGAGAUGAUGACAGUGAUCAUGAUCAUGACCCCGCCCCUGCUGAUUUCGCUUUCACUGGUUCCUCGGUCAUUGUUGAUACAAAUACCUCACAAAAUUCAACCAGCAUUCAAAUUUCACCUGCUGUAGCAGCCAAUCAAAAUGUAACAGUUUCCGUAACAACAGUUUCCGUGACAACGAGCCAGCCAACUGUUGCCCUUACCGUGCCCCCUCUUGAAGGUCAUGGUCAUGGUGCUUCCCCAGCUGGACUCCUUGACAAUGUGGUGGACCCUAUAGGAGAAAGAGGGAUCGACAGAGUCGACACUCAGUUAUAAUCAGGGCUUUCAAUUAAUGGAAAAUAAUUUUUAUUGUCAAACAGUAAACUUUUAUGCCUCACGCUUCCAUUUUAAAUGUUUAUUUUUUAGACAAUAUAUUUAUAAAGUGUAAAUUAUAAUUUGUUUUAUUAAAUUAUUUUUUUAUCUUCAGGCUUGUUUAGGCCAAGCCUUACUUGAAUGUUCAUGAUUUAAAUUUUUGCAUUCCAUAUUAUUGGGCACAUAAAGUUUGUUUUAUACAAAAUUACAUAUCAGCUUUAAUUUUUUUUACAUUAGAUAUAUUAUUGAUAAAAAGUAUCUGCUGUCUAAUUGUUUUAAGCCAAUAAGACAAGAAAAAGUACAAUAAACAGAAGCUAGCACUGCUCUUAGCUGCUUGAAAUUUGAUGUUUGUUUUAGUAUAAGCUUCUUAAUUUUUGUAAAUACAAUGUCAUGUAGUUUUACAAAUAUGUGCUGGAGUUUUAUAUAGAUGUUGUUUGCUGGUUCAAUGAAUGUUGUGUUUUAAAAGCAAUACUUGUCUACAAAAUUUUAAAGCAUUUACAUGAUAUGUUGUUCUUAAUAUUGUCAUUUCAUUGUAAAAAAAUGCCAUAAUAUUUGUAAAGUAAAAGGCAGUGGCACCAGCUUAUCAAUGAAGAUAUUAUAUGAUUCAUUUUUUGAAACGAUAUUUCUGAAGUAGAAACGAUGUGGUUUUUUUCGAAAAAUAACAAUUUGAUUGGUCAGUUAAGACAUAUUUGAAAGAUUCGCAGUUUAACCAUCUAUCUUAUUUGUGACUUUGACCUUAUUAUUAACAAAAAAAUCGCUUCAUAUAUUUUUAAAUAGGCUCGAUAUUUUAAUUUCGGCUCGUUCAUAAGAAGGCCUCAGUUUGUAUUAUGAUUACUACAUUAUUUACAUGACAUGCUUUUACUGCACUAAAGUGUACAUAUGUUAUUUAUGUAAAUAAUGCAAGUUUAUAGAUGUGCAAUUUACUUUAUGUGUGUGUUUUGUCUAUUGAAUGUUUUUGCUUAGUUUCCUUUUAGGUUAUAAAAUUGGAUGCAUCGUGCGAUUUGGACCUUCAUGACUUUAACAAAUGAAAUAUUCAUUCUUGAAAUGCAAAAAAUUAAUUCUUUAUAGUGUUACAAUUUCUUCCACGCUUCUUUCUGUAAAGGGAUUGUCAUUGAUUCAUCAUUUUCUUAAUGAUUUAUCACAAUUACUAUACUUAUUUUUUGAUAGCAACCACAGCUUUCUUCCCAACAUUUUUAACUGCAUUCAAAAUGUCCAUUGGAGUAUUAAUAGGUUGAUUGUUUGUGUAUCUUCACUAAGGUACUUUUGUUGUGAUGUCAUGUGUGUGACAUGAACUUUUGAAUACAAAAUGUGCAAUGCAUGGUCUUCCUUGUAAACAUGUAUCUUUCGCAAUUUUAGAGAUACUGUCAUGAAUUUUCAGUAUCACUUACUAAAAUGUCAUUCAACUGAAACAUUCGAUAAAACAAUAUAUGGAAAUGUAUGUCUUAAGGCCCACAAUCGCAUGAUGCGGUUCAAAUAUGUAGUUCAGUCAAUGUUUUUUUUUGUACUUGUUUUUGUUGUUGUUUAUAAAUUAUUCCUUAGAUGUGUACACAUUUGAAUAAGCAGCAUUUUAACAUUAUUCCUAUUUUUGUGAUACAAGCUGUGUAAUAAAGUUUCACUUUUGAUUUAAUAUAUUUGUAAGCUUCUUCAUUAUUUUAUAUUCACCAAAGUACCAGUGGUGAAUUUUUACAAAUACUUAAGUUAAGUAUUAUUUUUAUGUUAUCUUAUCCCCUUAUACAUUGUGGUCUUAUUUCUAUGGUUGCCUUACUUAUAAGCCUGACUAUUUGAAGGUUUGGAAUUGUUUUAACACAAUCAAAUAUAUGAUUUACAUUGUUUCAAUUCUGGUGAAGUGUGAGGUGCCUGAAGCAGGACUAAGUUAUGCAAUAAGUAUUUUUUAUUAUCCUCUGUGGAAGAAUUUGUCAAAUUAUAGGCUAUGGUAUAGUUGUUAAGCCUAUAUUCAUGAACCUUGUAAAAGUCGCAUGAAACUUGGUACCUAUGUCCAUUUUUACAAUUAUACCCACGCGAUGUUAUUUUGCAUGUUUUUCGGAAAAAUAUUUUUUUUAAAGAUAUGUAUUGUGAUGUAUUGAUAAGAGAACCAUUUACCACCAAGGGUUAAGUAUAGCUGGUUGAAAUUAUAUGCUCCUAUCACAUUUUCUUUUUCUAUCAGCAUCAUUUAAUUUGCCUCUUUAAGACUUGCUGUCAUUGGUGUAUGACCUUAAAGUCUCUUCCUUGCUAUGAGUAUUAUUUACUGAUGAAGGCUUUAUGUGGAAAAGUUGAGAGAUAGAUGUAAAGUGUAUGUAAAAUACAAUCAACAUGUUCAUCUUGAUUGUGUGUUUUUUUCACUGAUUUAUCGCUAUAGGACUGCUGCCAAUGAUAUUUAUAAAAACGAAACAAAAAGAUCUGACAUUUCCUUGUCUGCCUGACUUAUCUCACUGUCUCAUACGUUUUAGUAUCUCUGUUUACAGUUGCGUUUAGAUAUCAUUUAUUUUAAGUCUUGUAUGUUUUACUUUGCUUUCUGUACCUUUUUCCGUUGAGUUUGUACACUGUGUUGUCAUGUAUUGUAUGUACUGGUAGAUAGUGCUGUAUCUAUAUAAAUUUGUUCUUACAUACAUUUACUUCGUAACCUUUCGGCUUUUAUACUUAAAUGUAGGGAUAGUCUGUGUUUUGUUCAGCUGUUUUGUAAGAAACAGACUUUCAUAUAUAAGAAGUAUUGAAAUUCAACUCAUCGUAAAAAAAAAAUCUUUUUAAUAUUAAGCCAUCAUGGUUAUCAUUGUUUGUAUAACCAUAAUUUCCAUAGACUUUUGCAUUCUUGAAAAUAUUGUGCUUAGAUCUUACACAAGGAGCUUCUAGAAUUAAAAUAUAAGUAUGUUUGAGAGUUAUGUGACCUAACAGUCAUGCAGUUGUGAUUUACAUUUCGAAAUGCCUUUUCUUGAAAAUGUAAGUGGUCGAAAAAAUGUAACAGGAAUAUUUUAGUUAACUGCAUGUUAGAUUUUGAUGAUCCAAAACAAAUAAAAUUUGAAUCAAC